AUGGUCAGUAAUCCUUUGGUCCACUUUAAAGUCUCUCACAAAUUUUUCCUACAUCAAUUUCAAUCAGGUAAAGUGUGCCUUUGGCCAUUUAGAACAUUGUGGAAGACCUACUUGGUGUUUGGCCAGUUUGUAUUUUUCCAGACAUCACUCCACGAUGUUGUUGAGGUGUAUGAUGGGCCAACUCAGCAAUCUUCUCUGUUAUCUUCCCUCUCAGGAUCCCAUUCAGGAGAAUCACUUCCACUGAGUUCAGGUAAUCACAUCACAAUUCGAUUUACUUCAGUUGGACCAAUAACAGCUAAGGGAUUUCACUUUGUUUAUCAAGCUGUUCCUAGAACAAGUUCUACACAAUGCAGUUCUGUGCCUGAACCAAGAUUCGGAAGAAGAAUUGGCAAUGAAUUUGCUGUUGGCUCACUGGUUCUUUUUGAAUGUAAUCCAGGAUAUAUUCUCCAUGGAUCCAUAGCAAUUCGAUGUGAUACAGUGCCCAAUUCUUUGGCGCAAUGGAAUGAUUCUUUACCUACCUGUAUUGUGCCCUGUGGUGGAAUUUUAACUAAGCGCAAAGGGACUAUUUUGUCUCCAGGAUACCCUGAGCCUUACGACAACAAUCUGAAUUGUGUAUGGAAGAUCACAGUGCCAGAGGGAGCUGGCAUUCAAGUGCAGGUUGUUAGCUUUGCUACAGAACAUAACUGGGAUUCUCUGGACUUUUAUGAUGGGGGAGACAACAAUGCUCCAAGGCUUGGAAGUUAUUCAGGAACUACAAUACCCCAUCUUUUGAAUAGUACCUCUAAUAAUCUAUAUCUAAAUUUUCAAUCAGACAUCAGUGUUUCGGCUGCAGGAUUUCAUCUUGAAUACACAGCAAUUGGUUUGGAUUCCUGUCCUGAACCACAAACACCUAGCAGUGGAAUUAAAAUCGGAGACAGAUAUAUGGUUGGUGAUGUGGUUUCCUUCCAGUGUGAUCAAGGCUAUUCUCUUCAGGGUCAUUCUCACAUAACAUGUAUGCCUGGACCAGUAAGAAGAUGGAAUUAUCCAAUCCCCAUUUGUUUGGCUCAGUGUGGUGGUGCUAUGUCAGAUUUCAGUGGUGUGAUCCUCAGUCCUGGGUUUCCUGGAAACUACCCCAGCAGUUUAGAUUGUACAUGGACAAUAAAGCUGCCCAUAGGUUUUGGUGUACAUCUCCAGUUCGUAAAUUUUUCUACUGAAACCAUACAUGAUUAUUUGGAAGUAAGAAGUGGAUCCUCAGAAACUAGUACUGUUAUUGGUCGGCUUAGUGGUCCUCAAAUACCAUCUUCCCUAUUUAGCACGACUCAUGAAACCAGCUUAUAUUUUCACAGUGACUAUUCACAAAACAAACAAGGGUUUCAUAUUGUAUAUCAAGCUUAUCAGUUGCAAAGCUGUCCUGACCCACGCCCGUUUCGAAAUGGUUUUGUAAUUGGCAAUGAUUUUACUGUGGGUCAAACCAUUUCAUUUGAAUGUUUCCCAGGAUACACAUUAAUUGGAAAUUCAGCUCUCACAUGCCUUCAUGGAGUCAGUCGUAAUUGGAAUCAUCCACUUCCAAGGUGUGAAGCUCUUUGUGGUGGCAAUAUAACUGCAAUGAAUGGCACCAUUUAUUCUCCUGGGUACCCUGACGAAUAUCCUAACUUCCAAGAUUGUUUUUGGCUUGUAAGAGUACCCCCUGGGAACGGAAUCUACAUCAAUUUUACUGUCCUUCAAACAGAACCAAUCUAUGAUUUUAUUACUGUAUGGGAUGGACCAGACCAAAACUCACCUCAGAUCGGUCAGUUCAGUGGCAAUACUGCUUUGGAAUCAGUCUACAGCACUUCAAAUCAGAUUCUAAUCAAAUUCCACAGUGAUUUCACAACAAGUGGCUUUUUUGUGCUCAGUUAUCACGCCUAUCAACUAAGAGUGUGCCAACCUCCACCACCUGUACCCAAUGCUGAAAUUUUGACAGAAGAUGAUGAAUUUGAAAUAGGUGAUAUUAUUAGGUAUCAGUGUCUUCCAGGAUUUACUUUAGUUGGCAAUGCAAUUCUCACGUGCAGAUUAGGAGAACGACUCCAGAUGGAUGGAGCACCUCCGGUUUGUCAAGUGCUCUGUCCUGCCAAUGAAUUGCGGCUAGAUUCUACAGGAGUCAUAUUGAGCCCUGGAUAUCCUGACAGCUACCCAAAUCUUCAAAUGUGUGCAUGGAGCAUUUCAGUGGAAAAGGGUUAUAAUAUCAGCAUGUUUGUAGAGUUCUUCCAGACAGAAAAGGAAUUUGAUGUUCUUCAGGUGUAUGAUGGACCAAAUAUUCAAAGUCCAGUGCUUAUUUCUCUCAGUGGGGAUUAUUCAUCUGCUUUUAAUAUAACAAGCAAUGGUCAUGAAAUAUUUCUUCAAUGGUCAGCAGAUCAUGGCAAUAACAAAAAAGGUUUCCGGAUAAGAUAUAUAGCUUUCUACUGUAGUACACCAGAAUCCCCACCUCAUGGAUACAUUAUCAGUCAGACAGGUGGGCAACUUAACAGUAUGGUCCGCUGGGCCUGUGACCGAGGAUUCCGACUUGUUGGGAAAAGCAGUGCUGUGUGCAGAAAGUCUUCCUAUGGGUAUCACGCGUGGGAUGCACCAGUCCCUGCCUGUCAAGCAAUUUCCUGUGGAAUUCCUAAAGCUCCAACAAAUGGAGGGAUACUUACAACUGACUACUUGGUAGGAACCCGAGUUACCUAUUUCUGUAAUGAUGGAUAUAGAUUGUCAUCCAAGGAACUUACCACUGCUGUAUGCCAAUCAGACGGGACAUGGAGCAAUCAUAACAAGACUCCUCGCUGUGUCGUUGUUACGUGUCCAAGCAUUAAUUCAUUUACCUUGGAACAUGGAAGAUGGAGAAUUGUGAAUGGCUCCCAUUAUGAAUAUAAAACCAAGGUAGUUUUCAGCUGUGACCCUGGUUAUCAUGGACUAGGUCCUGCUUCCAUUGAAUGUCUUCCUAAUGGAACCUGGAGUUGGAGAAAUGAAAGACCAUAUUGUCAAAUUAUUUCCUGUGGAGAACUACCUGCACCUCCAAAUGGAAACAAGAUUGGUACUCAAACUUCAUAUGGUUCAACAGCUAUCUUUACCUGUGAUACGGGAUUCAUGCUUGUAGGCUCUGCUGUACGAGAAUGCCUUUCCUCAGGUCUUUGGAGUGGAUCUGAAACAAGAUGCCUAGCAGGGCACUGUGGAAUUCCAGAACUCAUUGUAAAUGGUCAAGUGAUUGGAGAAAAUUAUGGAUACAGAGACACAGUCGUAUAUCAGUGUAAUCCUGGUUUUAGAUUGAUUGGUUCUUCAGUGAGGAUAUGUCAGCAGGAUCACAAUUGGUCUGGUCAACUCCCGUCCUGUGUGCCUGUUAGCUGUGGUCACCCUGGUAGUCCCAUUUAUGGAAGAACAAGUGGAAAUGGAUUCAACUUUAAUGAUGUGGUAACAUUUUCUUGCAAUAUUGGGUAUCUUAUGCAAGGGCCGACCAAAGCACAGUGCCAGGCCAACAGACAAUGGAGCCAUCCGCCACCGGUGUGCAAAGUGGUCAACUGUUCUGAUCCUGGAAUUCCAGCCAAUUCCAAAAGAGAAAGCAAAAUAGAACAUGGAAAUUUCACCUAUGGCACUGUAGUGUUCUAUGACUGCAAUCCUGGAUAUUUUUUAUUUGGAUCUUCAGUUUUGAUAUGUCAACCAAAUGGACAAUGGGACAAACCUUUACCAGAAUGUAUCAUGAUUGACUGUGGACACCCUGGCGCUCCUCCGAAUGCAGUCCUGUCUGGAGAGAAGUAUACUUUUGGGUCUACUGUUCACUAUUCCUGCACAGGAAAGCGUUCCCUUCUUGGACAGUCAUCAAGAACUUGUCAAUUAAAUGGCCAUUGGAGUGGAUCGCAACCUCAUUGUUCAGGUGACACCACUGGUACAUGUGGGGAUCCAGGUACUCCUGGUCAUGGUUCUAGACAGGAAAGCGAUUUCAGAACUAAAAGUACUGUACGUUUUGCUUGUGAUACUGGUUACAACCUUCAUGGCUCAGAAGAAAGAACAUGUCUAGCCAAUGGCAGCUGGACUGGAAGGCAGCCAGAAUGUAAAGCUGUACAGUGUGGUAACCCAGGAACAACAGCCAAUGGGAAAGUCUUUCGAAUUGAUGGCACAACAUUUUCUAGUUCAGUCAUUUAUUCCUGCAUGGAGGGAUAUAUUCUUUCUGGACCUUCAGUUAGACAGUGCACAGCCAAUGGAACAUGGUCUGGAACUUUGCCUAACUGUACAAUAAUCAAUUGUGGAGACCCAGGUAUACCAGCUAAUGGACUGAGAUAUGGAGAUGAUUAUGUGGUUGGACAAAAUGUUUCUUACAUGUGCCAGCCAGGUUACACAAUGGAAUUGAAUGGUUCCAGAAUCAGGACUUGUACUACUAAUGGCACAUGGAGUGGAGUAAUGCCAACUUGCAGAGCUGUUACCUGCCCACCUCCUCCCCAGAUCUCUAACGGAAGGCUGGAAGGAACAAAUUUUGACUGGGGCUUUAGUAUUAGCUACAUCUGUUCUCCAGGCUACGAACUAUCCUUUCCUGCUGUUUUGACCUGUGUAGGGAAUGGUACCUGGAGUGGCGAAGUACCACAGUGCUUACCAAAAUUUUGUGGUGACCCUGGUAUACCUGCCCAAGGAAAAAGAGAAGGCAAAAGCUUCAUAUACCAGUCAGAGGUUUCAUUCAGCUGCAAUUCUCCCUUCAUAUUAGUGGGAUCAAGCACCAGAAUAUGUCAAGCAGAUGGCACUUGGAGUGGUUCGUCACCUCACUGCAUAGAACCCACCCGUACCUCGUGUGAAAACCCAGGUGUGCCACGGCAUGGAUCUCAGAAUAAUACGUUCGGAUUUCAAGUAGGAAGUGUUGUACAGUUCCAUUGCAAAAAAGGACACCUACUCCAAGGGUCUACAACACGCACUUGCCUCCCUGACCUCACAUGGAGUGGAAUUCAGCCUGAAUGCAUGCCCCACAGUUGUAAACAGCCAGAAACUCCUGCUCAUGCAAAUGUAGUAGGAAUGGACCUUCCAUCUCAUGGAUAUACACUAAUUUAUACCUGCCAGCCUGGCUUCUUCUUAGCAGGUGGAACAGAACAUAGAGUGUGUAGAUCUGAUAACACCUGGACUGGAAAAGUUCCUGUUUGUCAAGCUGGUUCCAAAAUAUUGGUGAAAGAUCCUAGACCUGCACUAGGAACACCCAGCCCAAAGCUAAGUGUUCCUGAUGAUGUAUUUGCCCAAAAUUAUAUAUGGAAAGGCUCCUACAAUUUCAAAGGAAGGAAACAACCCAUGACCUUGACAAUUACUAGUUUCAAUGCUUCCACUGGGAGAGUUAAUGCAACAUUGAGCAACAGCAACAUGGAACUGCUACUUUCAGGGGUAUAUAAAAGCCAGGAAGCUCGCCUAAUGUUACACAUAUAUCUUAUUAAAGUACCAGCUCAUGCAUCUGCGAAGAAAAUGAAGGAGGAAAAUUGGGCCAUGGAUGGUUUUGUUUCUGCUGAGCCUGAUGGAGCUACUUAUGUAUUUCAAGGAUUUAUUCAAGGCAAAGAUUACGGGCAAUUUGGACUACAAAGACUGGGACUGAAUGUGUCAGAAGGUUCAAAUUCUUCAAAUCAACCUCAUGGUACAAAUAGUAGUUCUGUGGCCAUCGCUAUUCUUGUGCCUUUUUUUGCACUUAUAUUUGCAGGAUUUGGAUUUUAUCUUUAUAAACAAAGGACUGCACCCAAAACACAGUAUACAGGAUGUUCCGUUCAUGAAAACAACAAUGGCCAAGCAGCUUUCGAAAAUCCCAUGUAUGACACCAAUGCGAAGUCAGUGGAAGGGAAGGCAGUACGAUUUGAUCCCAACUUGAACACGGUUUGCACAAUGGUAUAACGUGGCAACACUUCACUUUCUCCAGAAGCUUGGAAAUUGACACACAAACCAGUGCACAUCUAGUUCACUGCUAAACAAAUUAAAGCACACUUUUCAGGACUUGCUGGUCAUCUUUUCCUGAGGAAUGAUAGAGUGUUUUUUCAUAAACUGGACCAUAAUUCUUCUUCAUGUUUAUCAUGGAGAGUUUUACAGAAAUUUGGCUGCACUCUGAGAGUGCUUUCUCACAGUUUAUUUGCUUUUUUAAAAAAGGAGAUUAUUCUAAAACAUAAACUUAUUUGCAUAUAUUGGAGGAGCAUCCACUAUCAGUAUUUCUGUGCUUUAUAAACUAUAUUAGAGGGACUGGGUUUAAAAAAAACAAAAAGAUAUAGGGUAGAAAAUAAGAGCUAUACUUACAAGAGUCAAUAGAUCACUGACUUCUCUUUAACUGUCAUGAGCUACAUCACGUCUGUAAGUCUGCAUUUCAUACCACUGUAUCAACUAUUAAUUCUUGUUAAUUGAGGCAUUGUUUUCCUUAUUUCCAUGGUUAUUUAAAAUUGAGUCAUACAUUUAAAUGUUUAUAAGCUAAUUUAUGCCACAAAAGAUAUAAAGUUGCCCACUCUGGUUUGACUCUUUUUGUUCUUUGAUAUCCUAUUGCUAUUUGUUUUUUAGAUUGGUCGUCAUAGUUUCUCCAAAUGGCAAGGUCCUUGUGCUACCCUCCUGAUUUCCCCAUUAUGGAGUAACCAGUAUUAUUCAGUGGUCAUGGGGUAGUGUUUAAAUCCUUGCUUCAAUAUGUUUUGUCAUCCAGCAGCGAUUUUGGCUGGCAAAAAAUUAUCUAUAGUCUAUAAGGAUGAUUAUUUUGCAGUUAUCUGAGACUCCAAAAUUACCAUCUUUUACCAAACUUACCAGUGUUUUUGAAAGACCAAGUAGAACCUAUUAAUAAUUUACUACAUUUAGUUUAUGAUAUAUUUACAUUUCCUUCCAUUUGAGCCUCCAAUUUUAACAUUAUUUUGACACUUUUAACUUUCAUCUAACAAUGAGUUGGCAAUAUAGUUUGGUCCAGCUCCUAAACAAAUGACUUAAAAUUUUUUCUUCCAAAUUACCCAUAUAAAUUUGUUUACUAAAGUUGUGGACUUAUCAAAUUUUCAUAUAUUUUAAAAUUUCUAUACACUUACUCUUUAAAAGCAGGUUUCAGACAGACCAAAUUUCUUUCAUUGUCAUAUUAAUGUAAGUAUUUAUAAGUUAUUGGUGGCUUCCUUACAACUGUAUCAUCCAGUGAUGUCAGCAUCUUUAUUUAAUAGGUCAUUGUCUUCCUUUUUAGAGCAUGUUUUAAUUCAUUUAAUAAAAUUAUGUACCCAGUGUGAACUCUUUGUUGUUGUCCCUUCCAAAUAUGGAUAAUCCUGUGAACAGUCUCAACUUUUUGUAUCAUGAGACAGAGUGCCUAAGAGAAACCAUUGCACCGGAGUGCUGCUUGGAUCUAUCUCUACAACAUUUAGUGGAUUUCUUGUAAACCACUCUGAGAUACAUUGUUUUGGAAAUUCAUUCAAUUUUCUCAACAUUGUAUUCUACUGACAGGAUGCAGUUUUAAAUUUUAUGCCAUCAGUUAUUUAUUCUUGUUUAUUCAAAUGACUGCAAUAACAAUGAUUCAUUCAUUAAUGUUAAAGUUAAUACAUUUAAGAUCUUGUUUAAACAAUGUUUCUUCUGCAACUGGCUACUCCUCUUAUAUUAAUGCAUACACUUUUGUAAAGAAGUAUAUUUUUAUGAAAAAAAAAACUUUGUAAAAGUAUGAUGUAAAUUUUCAGUGCAAUGUAAACAAAAUAAAAAUGGAUAAUUGCUUUUGUAAAA